AUUUGAAUGACUGAUUUAUGAUUCAUGAUCUCUCUGUGCCAUCUCACAGUGAUGGUGUGGGCUGUGGUUGGGGGUGUGGCUGCAGGAGUGCUAUUCUUACUGCUGAUUGGAGCUGCUGCCUACUUCCUUUUUAAGAGGAGAUACGUUCAGGGUCAGUAUCGGGACCUGUUCCCCUGCAUUCCAAUUCUCCCGGCAUGCACCUCUCCAGUCCUUGUGGGAGUGAAUUCCUCUGGUUACAGACCAGGGGACAUCCCCUUCUUCCUACCCCCACGCCACAGUACCAGGCCCCAUGACAGCCUGGAAGAGGAGGAAGAGGAAGGCCAGCAAGCCAUGGCCUGCCAUCGUGGAUCCCUGAGCAUUGGAGCUUCCUUCCCCCUGGGUUGUCUGAGGCCGGACCUGUACCGCAUCCCAGAGGAGCCGGGUGACUGGGCGCCCCCCUGUGGCAGCACGCCGCGCCUGCAGUUCAGCGUGCAGUACCGGCAGGACAGGGAGGAGCUCCUGGUGUCCCCGCUCCACGCCACCAGCCUACCGCCACACUGCCGGUCCAGCGCCGCGCUGGUCAAACUGCAGCUUCUCCCCGACGACCGCCGCCGUCGGCAGGCCAAGGCCCGGCGCAAGGGACGGAACCCGCAGUUCAACGACAGCUUCAUCUUCCAGGUGUCCAGUAAGAGCCUGGCUCAGGCCGCUCUGUCCCUGUCGGUGUUCAGUGUUGACCGGCAGAAGAAACACCAGCUGGAGGGCAGGGCUCUGUUUCCCCUGAGAGAGCUGGACCUUGAGGGGGCAGAGGGGAUGGUGGUGUGGAGAGAUCUGGAGACAGACAAUGGACAGUUUGGCUCACAGCAUGGUGACCUCCAGGUGUCUCUUAACUACAGUGUGCCUCUGCAGCGCCUCACAGUGGUAGUGCUGAGGGCACGCGGGCUGCAGACUUCCUCAGAUGCAGGUGUGUGCGUCCAGGUCACCCUACAGCUCCACACUCAGGUUGUGAAGAGUAAGAAGUCAGCAGUGGUGAGGGGCGGGGCCAACCCCACCUUCAACAAGCGUCUGAUCUUCAGGCUCCGCCCCCCACAACUGGAUGAGUCCUGCCUCUGCCUGGAGCUGCUCCAGACCACACCAGGAGACCCACGAUCCCUUGGUCAGGUGGUGAUUGGACCCUUCAUGUAUGCCCGUGGCCGGGAACUGGACCACUGGGAUGAGAUGGUCAACAAGCCCCAGGAGCUGGUCAAGCAAUGGCACUGCCUUGGGCGUGUAUCUGAAUCGCAAGUCCCGCCCUGACCAAGGGCCCGGCAAAUGAGAUGGAACACAGCGUAGGCUACUGCCCGGC